GAGUGACAUCAACGAUAAUUUUAACAAAAAUGGAUUGGGAAGAUAUCGACUGUUUAUUUGAAAAGCUUCCAACAAAAUUUUUUGGCGAAUGCAUCAAGUUUAAAGCGGGAUUAAGAGAAUGGAGGAAGAACAUGAAUAUACCGCUUGUACGUGAUGCAAGCACCUUAUCUGCGAGUAGUCAAAUUUUGGAGUGGUUACAGAAAAUUUCUGACGACUUAAAUGCAGCUAAAAGUUCAAGAGAUUCUUCACCAGUACUCCAGCCAACGUAUGAUAACUGCAUGGACAGUCGCAGCUUAACCGACUUUUUAAAAGGUACGGUUAAAGGGCAGCUUGUGCUUCACUUUCAGCAGAAAAAUGGUUUCUUGGACGCCAAGCAGCAGAAUACAUUGUAUCACUGCGUAAUAGAGAAUUACAUAUAUAGGAAGGCGGAAAAAACUGACAUAUGGAGAAAUGCAAAAGUGGGCCAACAUCAUCUGCGAUGUAUUCCCCAAAGAGAAUCCGCAAGGAAAUAUGGUAAGAAAAAUCCUACGGGAAAGCUAUUUUCACGCUGGACGAAUGCUGACAAAACCAAUUAUAAAAAGUUUUCAACCGAUCGUACAACUGCCGCUUCGCCUGCAGCUUUAUCCAGCGAUAAGUAUUACGAAAAGAAGUGCUGGCUGCAGAAUAAUUGCACACCAUGGGAACAGGUUAUUGAUUACUGGAAGGAGACAUAUGGUCAAAGAAUUAUAGAUAUCCAUAACGCCAGUUCUUUAAGCUGCAUUUUUAGUGAAUGGCCGCGCUAUAAGGACUUUCGUUGAUAUGAACUUGUAUAAAUACGCUUUGAGACUCUUUACCCCGGGAAAGGAAAUAUGUUAUUUUUGAAAUUGGAGAAGUUUUAUAAAGAAAUCCUCAAAAUUUUUGAUAGAGAUAUAAAAGACCGUGUUUCAAGGGAACUAUUCUUAAAGUAUUUGCACAUUGACAACAUCUCAAGUGGUAAAGUGGUUUAUCAAAUGAAAUUGCGGUAUUCAGGAUUUCGUGCUGUAUAAUAUGCAAACGACCAUAUUACCAUGGCAGCGCAAUCACAAAUUACAUAUAGAUAUGUAUGUAUAUGUACAACAAUAAAUUUUAUAUUGCGCUGUCGUGGUGAUUUGGAAAUGCAAUGAUGCCGGAUCGUAUGCACGAAAUCCUGAAUAUCACUUUUAAAAUAAUAAAAUUUUUAUUUACACAAUUUUUUUUACAGAAUGUAAAUAUUGUAUAAGUAUAAUUCUUCUACAUGCUUUGCUACAGCCUUUGAGGCUUAAUAAGGACAAAAAACCAACAAUAGCUGAUGCCCAAACAGAUUUCGUAACACUCGUUGCAACACGUAAUGAUAUUCAACCCACAAUAAUUGAAUUGAAGAACCAGUUUGCGGUAAGAAAGGAGAAACUACAGCUGAGAAUUAUCGUCGUUGGAUCAGAUUGGUCAUCCAUUUCAGAGUUUUAUGUUUUUUGCGAUGGUCUGCAAUGGAAAUGUACUACGUAUAUGAAGUGCGUUGACUGCAUUAUUAAACUAUCGUACGUUUAUAAGAUAGAGUAUUCACAAAGAAGCAAGCAAGUAUGGGCAUUUUUAGAACAAUAUUUUUUUGAGUUGAAAUCCGAAGAAUUUUCUUCAGUGGCAAAUCUUUUGAGUAAAUUAAACUAAUUUCGUCUAAUUUUGCUAUAAUGCCCAAUUUUGCUUGUUUCAUUUGUCAAAAAGCUCACUAAAAUCCUAUAGAGCUGAUUAAACAUCUAAAGUCAGCACAUGGUACUCCACCAGUUUGUAAAUUUCAAUAUAACGAAUAUAAUUGAAAACAAAUUUUUUAUAACAUUCACAGAUUUCAAAUUCACCUCAAAAAACAUUUGAAAAUAGAAAUUCGCAAUAGCCAAUCUUGUAAAGAAAAUUCUCUUGCUCUUAAUAUUCCAAUUCAAACAACUAAUUCAUCAAAUCAACUAGUACCAAUUCAAAAUAUUACUUCUUUAAAAGAUUCAAUAUUCCAAUACGAAUUUUUCUCGGAAAGACGUAUUCGAAAUUCAAAAUUCCGUAACAGAGUUAAUUUCAACCCCAAUAUGUGAAAUAUUAAGAGACAUUAGUAAUUUUCAUGAAAAUAAUUCUAUACUUGAGGAAGUAAUUAAAAUUAUAUCUCAGCCAUUUUAUGAUUUAACCACCGAAUACAAAUUUUUCAAAGAAAUAGAAAAACUAGACUUGUUAUAUAGAACCGAAAUAACCCUAUCAGACAUUCCUUUUCAAAUUUUUUGAGAGUAAAGGGAUCUUAGAGGCAACGCUUUUAAAUAUGAAAAACUUUUCAGAAAACCUUCCUUAUACUCAUUUCAUCAAUAGCAGCUUUUGGCAAAAUUCAAAGAAAAAUAAUGUAACGAUUCCAUUUUUUUUUUAUAUGGAUGACUUCGAAAUUAAUGAUCCUUGGGGCAGUAAAUCUGGCCAACAAAAAAUUUGCGGUAUUAUAACUUUCCAAGCGUACCUCAGUACCAACUUAGCAAAUUAUCAAAUAUAUUUGUAGCAGGGUUUGUUAAAGUUCGAGAUCUAAAAGAUUGUGGAUUUACUGUUUGCCUUACACCACUUCUGAUUAUUUUAAAAACAUUGGAAAUUAAUGGCCUUCAAAUAAAUGUAGAUGGCAAAAGCUGUAUAAUACAUUUUAAACUAGUAAAAAUUUUAGGCGAUAAUCUUGGUCUUAACACUGCAUUAGGGUAUGUAAGUUCUUUUUCUGCGAAUUCUUGGUGCAGAAUAUGCAAAAGGCGGAAACUUCAAACUCGUACAGAUUGUCUUGAAGUCCCGAACUCAUUACGAACAAGAAGUAGUUAUAAUAGCGAAUAGUAAUAGUUAUAUUAGCGAAAACCCAUACUUAUAAACCUAAGUUUCAGAAUUUUAAGAAAAAGUUUUUAUCAGUUUGUAGUUUGAUAAUUCAUUAAAUUUUUGUAUGUAUGGUUUAUGGUAUGUGGUUAUUAAACUAUAAUAAAAAAAAAAUAAUGUGAAUUAUUUGUGAAAAGAUCUCAAAACCUUUCCCAUAUUUUAUUACUUACGAAAAGAAUCAUGUUAAGUUAUUUAAGUUAUUUUUUUACCCAACUUAUGUAAUAAAUAAACGUAAAAUGUUUAGAAUUGAAUGAAAACCUUAAUAUGUAAUAUCUGUAAUUUGUAUUAUCAACUUAUGCUUUUUUAAUAAAUGCAAAGCUCUAAACUUAUUAGAAUACUAAAACAU